AUGAUGUGUGGCAUUUUAACAGGUUGGCAUGGGUGGAUUUUUGGAUUACAAAUGUUAUUUGUUUCACUGGCGGAGUCUGAGGGAAAUACUCUGAAAUACCAGACCAAUGAGGAGGGAAGUCCAGGAACAGUGAUCGGUAACCUGGCCAAGGACAUGUCCUUGAGUCCCUCUUUUGGCUCCAAUACUAAUUUCAGGAUGAUGAAACAAUUCAACGAUUCUUUUAUCAGGGUGAGAGAAAGCGACGGGGAGCUUUCUGUCGGGGAGAGGGUUGACAGAGAGAGAAUCUGUAGGCACACAAUUGAGUGUCUCAUCACUUUUGAUGUUGUCAGUUUUUCAAAAGAGAGGUACAAAUUGAUCCAUGUCGAGGUGGAGGUAAAAGACAUCAACGAUAACUCUCCGGAGUUUCCAAACAAGGAAUCUACAGUGGAGAUCUCUGAAAAUGCCGAUGUGGGGUUCCGUAUUCCUUUGGACCCAGCCGAGGACGCAGAUGUAGGUUCAAACUACAUCCAAAGCUAUCAAAUUUCUGUCAACAGUCAUUUUUCCAUUGAUGUGCUUUUGAGAGCGGAUGGGGUUAAAUAUGCGGAGUUGGUGCUAAUGAAAGAGCUAGACAGGGAGACUCAGUCAUCUUAUGCAGUGGAGCUUAUUGCCACAGACGGAGGAAACCCAUAUAGGUCGGGUUCAACGAAAAUAACAAUAAAAGUGACAGACUUUAAUGACAACCGUCCUGUUUUUGAGCAGAAUAAUUUCUCGGUCACUUUGCCCGAGGACGCACAGGUUGGAUUCGUUUUAUUGGAUUUAAAUGCAGUUGAUCCAGAUGAGGGUUUAAAUGGAGAGGUGGUCUAUUGGUUCGGAAAACAGGUUUCUGCUGAAAUCCGAGAACUUUUCGAAGUGGACAGUACAUCCGGGCGGGUGAGGCUUAAGAACCCAGUGGAUUUUGAGACUAAGAGAACAUAUGAAUUAGACGUGCAGGCGACUGAUCUAGGACCCAAUCCGACCCCCGCCGUCUGUAAAAUAAUAAUUCAUGUCAAAGACGUUAAUGACAAUGCCCCAGAAAUCAGUAUUACGCCAAUGACCUCCAUCUCAACAGGCAUCGCAUAUAUCAGCGAGACAGCAGACAAGGACAGCCUAGUGGCGCUGAUCAGCACCUCGGACAGGGACUCGGGCGUCAACAGCCAGGUCCACUGCACUUUAUAUGGGCAUGAUCAUUUCAAACUUCAACAGGCUUAUGAGGACAGCUACAUGAUUGUUACCGCAGCAUUCCUAGACAGGGAGAAGAUUAGUGAGUACAAUUUAACAGUGAUGGCUGAAGAUUUUGGGUCACCUCCAUUGCGAAAAAUCACACAAUACACCAUCAGGCUAAGCGACGAGAAUGACAACGCCCCACACUUUACUAAGCCUAUAUAUGAAGUUUCUGUGGUAGAAAAUAAUCCACCAGGGGCAUAUAUAACCACGGUUGAAGCCAGAGAUUCAGACUUGGGGACUAAUGGCAAAAUUACAUACAGACUUUUAGACAGUGUUAUAAUGGGAUCACCUGUCAACACGUUUGUAUCUCUAAAUGCAAUCUCUGGUUCAAUAUAUGCACUAAGAAGCUUCAACUAUGAAGUUAUGAAACAUCUGGAGUUACACAUCCAGGCAAGCGAUGGGGGGUCACCCCAGCUUCAGAGCAGUGCCAUCAUCAAUCUAAAAAUAGUGGAUCAGAAUGACAACGCUCCGUCUAUCAUAGAGCCGGUCCUUAAUAAGGGAUCUGCUGAAGUUUUCCUUCCCAAAGAUGCACCUGCAGGUUAUGUUGUAACACAGAUAAAGGCCACAGAUGCUGAAGAAGGCAUUAACGCGCAGAUGUCCUACAAAAUCACUGAGGGGGGACACUUGGGUUUCUCCAUCAAUAAGGUUACUGGGAAGUUACAUGUGAGUCGUAAGCUGAACUAUGAUCUGUCUGAAACACUAAGAGUCCUAGUGGCUGUCAAUGACAAUGGGACACCUUCUCUGACCUCCACAGCCACUAUACACCUCACUCUCAUCGAAGGCACUCCUCCCAGUGUUCCCGCUAUGGUCCAAAACGACAGUGUGGAGAUCUUUGAAUGGGACAUAGCCAUUAUCAUUGUCCUAGCAGGGAGCUGCUCCCUCCUCUUGCUAGCCAUCAUCUUAAUCACUACCACCUGCAGUCGACGCAAACGGGAGACGAGAGAGGCGGGAUACAGUGAAAAAGAAGACAUGCCACAUGUGGAGAAGGAGGAGAGCAGACAUUUUGAUUCAUUGAUCACCAACCACAAAAGCAAUGUGUUUGAUGUGCACCCUUUUCCUGAGAAAGCACCAUUGGCCUCAAGCAACACAAUAAAAACAGCCCCUGAUGAUGGAAGACAAGAAAAAGAGUGUGUCUUUGACAACAGAAUAACGGAGGGUAAAUUGGAGGUAAGUAAUUGUGACUCGCUGUAUGGACUGGCUGCCAAUUGUUUUGUUGUUGUUUUUUCCAUCACAACUGAUAUGUGUGUAUUGUGUUUGCCUCUUCACAGGGUUAUUUGACACUGCCUGGCUAUAGGAAAGAAACCCUCAGACCCAUAACCAUAUGGAAGGGUAAUUCAUUCACAACCAUCUCAGCGCGAGAUCCACAGUUCAGUGGAAAGGACAGUGGGAAAGGAGACAGUGACUUUAACGACAGCGACUCUGACAUCAGUGGAGAUGGCCACAAAAAAGACUCCCCACUGAUAAACAGUAAGGACUACUAAUCAAUCACAGGAUGUUAAUGUGAUUUCAGACACAAUGAUAUGUCACAAUGAUGACACAUUAUUAAAAAAUACAUGAAAGGCAUCAUUCUCUGUGAUGUUCUCAAGGUCUUUAUGGCCAGAUAUUAAAUGAUAAUGGUGUAUCAUAAAAUGAAGGCUAUAAUACCCCAACAUGUGCAGCAUGGUUCAUCAAGGUCUAACAGUUUUGGCUGUUAUGUUGUUUCCACAGGUCUCUGGUCCUGCACCAGUGAGUGUAAGAUCCUAGGCCACUCAGACCGAUGCUGGACCCCCUCUGCCACUAGAACCAAUACCAGCCUUUCCCACGGACCACACCUCUCAACCUUCUCCAAGACAGCCUCACUGCCACGAAACACUCUGCAAAGAGACACCUACCAUCAACAGGCUCACCUACCCAAAAUCAAUGGUCUGCAAAGUGUCUAUGAAAAAGUCCAGCACCAAGAAUUCGAUUAUAUUCUGGUUUGUCCACCAACACCAGCCAGGAUACUAGAGACUGAUGAGAUAUCCCUCCCAGAGUAUGGACAAUCCUAA